GUACAACGAGAACCCUCCGACUCCAUUCCAUGCUCAACGCCCAGCAAUCGAUCAUGGUUCAACAUCCUACGCUUCCAAUUUCAACAAUAUGACUUUCAUGUCAUUCCUUCGUGAUGAGCGCGUCAUUCUCGUGGGCAUCGGUGCCGCUACGUUCGGCUUGGUCACUAUGAUGACCCAGAUGCUGACGUACAUUCGCGACGACAACGAAGUCAAGGUCACACCUCCGAAGACGCAGUACAUCACUCAAGAAACAGAGGAUGCGCUCGGUCUCGAUACUCUCGACAAACUUCUAUGUCAUCCUAAUUUCUCCAUACGCGACGUCGCCAUCAAGAUCCUCUGCGACCGCGCUGUCAACGAUCCCGACACUGUCCGGCACUUGCUGUACGGGAUCACGAGACCGGACUAUGAUACUCGUAUGAAGAAUCUUCGUGCUUUGGCAACAUUGACAGGACAGACUAAUGACUUCGCAGAGGGCCUCUCAAAGCUGCACACAUGGAGAGCAUACACUGCCCUUGUCAGAUCUCUGGAGUUGAGCCUAGACGACGUGGAGCAAGCCAAAUUGGACGACAAGUACUGGGACGAAUACUAUCUCCGCGAUAUGGCUGAACGGUUCUGCCUCAUGUUCGUCCUCGAGCUCAUCACUAAGUACGGUGCGGAUAUGUUGGUGAAGGCCAGGUUCGUGGAGAAAUGGCUAGCCAAGCAGCAUUGGGGAGACGACGAAGCGGAACGGCAGGAGAACUUUACCUAUUACAUGGAGCACAAGAACAACCGCAUCGUCGACAUUGUUACGAGGAUCGCGCAUACAACGCAGGGGGCACAGGCAAUUCUCGCCUGUGGCCUCGUCUCCAAAACCAGGCCCGGUAUAAACCCUGAUCCUAACCUCUCUGGCUUCACCGUUGUGUUGCAGUCCACGCUGUGCAACGUGGACAACGUGGACGGCGACGAAGAAGGACUACAGACAGUGGGCCAAGUGCCCCGUGCGCAAGAGCAUUCGGCCGAGGAACAACGUCUUAGGCGCCAACACCGCGAGGCAAUGGUAUUCAACGAUGGCACACGCCCCAUUGGAAGGGAAGACAUCAUUGAGAGAAAUCAAGAUUCACCGACUUGAACGGACCCCACCCACUAGAUGAUGGUCGAAGCAAGCUGCAGAUUUGUUGAAUAAUGUCCGCCGCGGACUACAUGUGUUGUUGCUGUGUGGAAUGCAGGGUGAGCACGAAGGCAUAAAUGUGACUUGGAGGCGCGAAAGUCGCAUAGCCCGUGGAAGAGAACAGCAGGGAACAGGGAACACCCCACAUUCGUAUCAACGUGAACUGCGCAGCACCUUCAUGCCGGCUGGAAGUUGUGGACUCCAAGCGCGUGAAAGGGGCAGCAGAUACAGAUACACAGCAUCCGCAUUCUGCUACAUCGGGAGACGAGAAGUCCAUCCAGCAGCAGCACGAAACCCAAAGUCGGUUGGUGGCGACACCUGCAGUAGGUUGGCAGAGACCACUGACACCAAUACCUAAUAGAGAUGAAAGAGAGAGAUCGAAUGCAUUCCAUUGAUUGCUACGUCCUGGGCCGCCAUCGGCGCUGAUCAGUUCCGAUUUCGACGCGCUCGUACAAAGCAUGCCCUUGAGGCGUCAAUCUUGUUCAAUUGCUCGUUCUGUCCUAAACGAGUUCGAAUUUGCACAUCCCGGCACUCCAAUUUAGCGUUUUGAGGUAUUGUCCACGUGGCUAGCAGCCCGCCAGGUACGGAUUCGGAGAUUCGGCUUGCCCCGCCGUUCUGGAAGCUCAGUCUAAACCCCAGCUUGUCCUUGAUCCCGAUUCUCUUGUCCUCUGCCCUCUUGCCAGGACUUUCAGCUCUAGCAUGUGGAUAACGGC